CUGGUUAACUCAGGAGCAGACAACCAGUCCAGCGGUCCAAGGACAGACAAACAGAGAUGGACGUUCACCUGGACAUGGAUCACCUGCUGCUGCUGCUGCUGCUGUGGAGCUCAGGGCUCUGGGCUGAAGGAAACCACCAAUCAACAGACUCUGUCAGGCUGGUGAAUGGGACCAGUCUGUGUUCAGGCAGACUGGAGGUGAAGACUCACCAGUCUAACCAGUGGUGGUCCUCAGUGUGUGAAGCUGACUUUGACCUGCAGGAUGCAGAGGUGGUCUGUAGGGAGCUUGGCUGCGGGGCUCCUUCAGUCCUCCAGGGGGCGCUCUAUGGAGAAGUGGAGGCUCCAAUGUGGACCAAAGAGUUCCAGUGUGGAGGCCAAGAGUCUGCUCUCCUGGACUGUAGAAGCUCAGGCUCAGCUAGAACCACCUGCUCACCUGGUAAAGCUGUUGGACUCACCUGCUCAGAGCCUGUCAGGUUGGUGGGAGGAGCCAGUCGCUGUGCAGGUACACUGCAGGUGAAACGAGGAGAGUGGAGACCAGUGGAUGACUUUCGCUGGACCCUGAAAGGCGCAGCUGUAGUCUGUAGACAGCUGGACUGUGGCUCUGCUGUUUCAACAGGAAGAAAGAAGUCCAUUAAAGAUGACAAAUUCCCAACAAAUAUCACACAUGACUGUUUUGAGUCUGGAUAUGCCCUGACUGAGUGUUCACAAUCAGUUUACUAUUACUACACCCUGGAAAUCACCUGUUCAGACUCUGUCAGGCUGGUGAAUGGGACCAGUCUGUGUUCAGGCAGACUGGAGGUGAAGACUCACCAGUCUAACCAGUGGUGGUCCUCAGUGUGUGAAGCUGACUUUGACCUGCAGGAUGCAGAGGUGGUCUGUAGGGAGCUUGGCUGUGGGGCUCCUUCAGUCCUCCAGGGGGCGCUCUAUGGAGAAGUGGAGGCUCCAGUGUGGACCAAAGAGUUCCAGUGUGGAGGCCAAGAGUCUGCUCUCCUGGACUGUAGAAGCUCAGGCUCAGCUAGAACCACCUGCUCACCUGGUAAAGCUGUUGGACUCACCUGCUCAGAGCCUGUCAGGUUGGUGGGAGGAGCCAGUCGCUGUGCAGGUACACUGCAGGUGAAACUAGGAGAGUGGAGACCAGUGGCUGACUCUGACUGGACCCUGAAGGCAGCAGCUGUAGUCUGUAGACAGCUGGACUGUGGCUCUGCUGUUUCAACUGGAAGGAAAGAAAAAUCAUCAGAGAGGUUUGUAUGGUGGAUCAGACGUGGUUGUGUUCAGUCUGGAUAUGACCUGAGGGAGUGUCUUUCAAUGGGUGUCGCUAUGUCCAUCCUGGAAGUCACCUGUUCAGGUAAGCCUAUCAGUGACAUCACCUGUGACAGAAAUGUUUACAACUCUGUCAGGCUGGUGAAUGGGACCAGUCUGUGUUCAGGCAGACUGGAGGUGAAGACUCACCAGUCUAACCAGUGGUGGUCCUCAGUGUGUGAAGCUGACUUUGACCUGCAGGAUGCAGAGGUGGUCUGUAGGGAGCUUGGCUGUGGGGCUCCUUCAGUCCUCCAGGGGGCGCUCUAUGGAGAAGUGGAGGCUCCAGUGUGGACCAAAGAGUUCCAGUGUGGAGGCCAAGAGUCUGCUCUCCUGGACUGUAGAAGCUCAGGCUCAGCUAGAACCACCUGCUCACCUGGUAAAGCUGUUGGACUCACCUGCUCAGAGCCUGUCAGGUUGGUGGGAGGAGCCAGUCGCUGUGCAGGUACACUGCAGGUGAAACAAGGAGAGUGGAGACCAGUGGCUGACUCUGACUGGACCCUGAAGGCAGCAGCUGUAAUCUGUAGAGAGCUGAACUGUGGCUCUGCUGUUUCAACAGGAAAGGAAUCCAUUGAUGGGUCUGUGUGGUGGAUCAGCUCUGACUGUGUUCAGUCUGGAUCUACCCUGAGGGAGUGUUUAUCUUCACGUUCAUCUUUCUUCAUCCUGGAAGUCAUCUGCUCAGACCUGCUGGUUCAGCCAGUCAUCUCAGUGUCCUCCUCCAUGGACGGGGUCUCCAAGGCCCAGCAGCAGGGGUAUUCAGGUGUGUUCAGGGGCUUCAACUUCACCAUCAGCUGCUCCAUCCAGCCACAGUACCCAGGAGGCUUCUUCCAGCUCACCUUCACCUCCUCCAACACAACGCACAACUACACCCUGUCAGCUGUCAAUCACUCCGCCCACUUCCUGUUUCCUGCUGCAGAGCCCGCCCACCAAGGAGACUACACCUGUGUUUAUCACGUCUACGUGUUUUCUCAUAACUUCUCCUCUGAGAGCCGUCGGCUGUCCCUCACUGUCUCAGAUCUAACAGCUCUUAUCAUCAGACUGGUCGUCCUGCCGCUGAGUCUGCUGUCGGUGAACGCUGUCAUCUAUUUCAUCUGGAAGGCCACCAGGGGGCAGAAGCCAGGCCCACAGGAGAACAUGGAGCUGGAUGUUCUGUCCAGAGCUGAAGGAGUCCAGGCAGCAGAGUAGGACCUCUAAGGAAAUCAUCUCAAAAAAACUGAAGAUUUAAAAACAAAAGAUGUACUAAUCCAAGAUCCCAAGAAACUUUCUUUAGAUCUCACAAAACGUUCUUGGUGUUCACUCGUAGUCCAUUAACUCAGUCAAUGAUCUGUCAUUUUUACUCAGGUGUCACUGAAACUCCUGCAGGAAAAACUACUCAGGAAGAAAAUGAACUUUGUUUUAUGUCUCCUCUCGGUUGUGGUUGUUGCCGCUCAGUAUUAAGAGGCAUCACAGUACUGUUUUACAAGUUUACACCAUCAAAGUCAAGUGAGAAUGCUUUCAAAGGGAUAUGGGAAUAACACCUGUGGACUGAGAGCACCAUACAAGUAUCAUAUUUUUCCUCCUACCUGAGAAAAGUGAUCGCUGAUCCUCAGAUUUAGCAGCAGCACAGCAGUGGACUGGCUCUUCACCACUUCAUCCCUGAUGAACUCUCUAAAGGUUCGGUCUCUUGACUUCAAGAAGGAAAAACAAAUCCUUGAAAUGAUUCUUAAAAGAGUCUGGCUCAUACAUCUCCAUGAGUCUAACAAAACCUUGAUUAUCUGUAAAUAGCUGUAUUUAGUCAUUAUUAACAGCUAUAGUGUGACUAGCUGUAACUUUCAACAAUUUUAUGGUCUGAUGUGGAGAAAUAAGUCCUUCCAGUUUUUAUACAGUUUAAAUCUUUUUUUUUUAAUCUUUUAUCUGCCUUUUAUAUCUAUCAGUGUUUGAGGGAAAGAAGUGUCAUUCACCCGAAAUAUUUCCAUUUCUUUUUUGUUGUCAUUUGUUUUUUGGGUAAAGGAAACUCAAUAAAUGAAAAAGUUUUUGGAGUCAAA